CUGUCUCAUCGCUCUAUCAGCUACAGAUAUCCUCUUCUCUGUGUCGUCGCCAGUCGAGCAGCGGGUGCGCCCAUCCGUCCCUUUGACCGACUGUCGGGAACUUGUCCCCUGCCCAAAUCUGCGGUGUCGUCAGUGCAGGCAGGCUGGCCGCACUGACAAUCCUGCAGAUUUCGCCAUGCAACAGGUUCCUGACAUUCGUCGUCAGAUGAACUGAGCAAAUAUGGGACACCUCCUCCACCCCGGAGAGCCCUUCCCUUGCUUCCCCCUGGCUGCGUCUCUCUCAGCUAGCUGUGUGUGUGACACCCUCAUUCUACACGCUCAGGCUACCAGGCAGCUGUUGCAGGGAGACUCGGGCGGGCAUGUCCCGCUGGAGCAACCGGCGCGGUGCGGUACCACCAGUGCAGGCAGUAAGCUGCGCUGACGAGACCAGACCGAGCUCAACCAGACAGGUCCACACAAGCACCACACCACACGCACAGCAUGGGAUGGAUGGACUGAGUGAGCGGAAAGAAAACAAGACUCUCCUCCUCCUCUUUAUCUCUCAGCUACGGUUCGUUAUCCUUCCUCUGGCUGGACCGAGACAUAGAUAGAGCACCCGUGGGGCGCGGCGCGAGGGGUCGUAUGCGUGGUAGACUCUCUCAGCUAGCUAUGAUAUCUCUCUCGGCGCUGGUCUACGAUGCGUGGGGGAUACAGACAGACAGACAGACAGACACAAGGCGGAUGUGGCGUGGCUCGGUGCGGCUCCUGCAACAAACACAGCACACACACACACAUACACACACCAUAGCAGCAUGACCUGAGGUGAACAUCCAGGGUAGCUCAUCGGGCGCCUUACAUACCUGGAUGGGAUGCAUCGUUGAGGUUUCAGCGGCUCUCAUCCCAUAUGAUGCGAUAACGCCCCGUGGCCACGCGCUCCAUGUUGAUCAGAAAACUACAUCACACACACACACACACACAGAGAGAGAGAGAGAGAGAGCAUCUCCACUCGCCACACACACACACACCCCCGCCCCCCACCACCGUGUGAGUCCCUCACCCUCACCCGGGCUCGCCGUCGUGUAUGUCAGGUGCCAGCAGACUGCCGCCCAGUGGGUCAGGAUCACUGCAGUGCUCGAGUGUCUUGACGAAGUCCUUGAUGGUGAUGCCCUUCGACUGCAAACAAAACAUCAGAUCAACACGUGUCACCACAGAUGUGUGUCGUGUGAUGCCCACUGACAGGGUCUGAGGCCUUGAUGGGGCACGCCAGCACACAACUCAGCCCGCCGAGAGGCGAGUACUUGCUCCGGUUCACAGGCUUCUCGAAGUCCUUCACACUCGUACCUGCACACACACACACACACACACACACACACAGGGUAUGCAGAGAAUGCAUGUGUGUGCCGCGAGUUAACUGACUGACCGUUGCUGACGAUCAUGCUGGUGUAGGGAUACAGCACCUCGUCGCCAUCACGCUUCUUGUCCUGAUGGAUUGCAUUGCACGGCACCAAUCCCGACUCUGCACAGUCGUGUUUUUGUCCUGUGGAUGCUCACGUCGUCGAAGGCGUCGGGCCAGAACUGAAUGCCAUCUGCCAGGUCCACCUCUGCCGGUUCGUCGGGCCGGUCCUUCUUCUUCUCGGCCGCCUUGACCUCCGCCAACACCUCCUUGAGCAGCUUGGCGGCCGCCGCUUUCUCGUCGCCCUUCUCGCGAGCCACGCUCACGCUCGUCUCCACACCAAUCGAUGCCGAAGGGCGCUUCUGGAGCACGGAAAGGGGAUCUACGCCGAGAUUUUUGGCGAAAAUGUGGAGCCGGUCCGCUUGUCGUCUUUUGAGAGGCUGCGCAACUCACUCGUCAACAGCGCAGUCAUCGGUGGCCGCAGCAGAGAAGCUCGCAUGUCGAGAAGAGGGAAAGACAGAAGAGGAGAACGACGGUAGUCGGGAGGCGUGGAGCAAGCCUCACUGAUUG